AUGGCAAACCCACCUGCGCCACCACUUCGCCACCACCGCUUCCCCCGAUGCCGUCGUCGACGAUCCGGAGCAUCUCCAUCACAGUAUCUGACGACGACGGCGCCGCGGCGCCCCGGCGUGCCCGCGCCGGUCGUCGGAAGGUGGUGCGAAGCUUGGGGCAGCGCGCCGUGCGGCUUGUGGCGCGGUGGUGGCCUAUCCUCCUGCUCCUCCCGGCCGUCGCGCUGCUGCUCUUCGAGGCCUCGCGGCUCCGUGCCUCUCCCAGCCCCGCCCCGCCAGUAUCCAGCAGCCUUGGCCGCCUAGACCCGACCACGCGCCUCGUACAUGGCGUGCGCGAGCCGUGCCUGAAGUUUCUUAACCCGAAAAGUAUAGAAAAUUUGGCAUUUCACGAAGGCUCGGGACUUGAUGCUGUGGUCAAGAGGAUCAUAUACAAAACUGAUGACGACGACUAUGACUCACACCACUCUGAGGCAAACUCUACCUAUUUACUGCAGCAUGCAGAAGCUACCAGGUUCAAUUUGUUUACAGGAUUCCAGACAGUUUCUGAAAGAGAAGAGAGCUUCAAGGUGAAUGAGACUGUUAAUGUGCACUGUGGUUUCUACAGUGACAAUGGUGGCUUCAAAAUUUCUGAUGAUGAUGUCAGAUACAUGAGAACUUGUAAAGUUGUCGUGUCUACCUGCGCAUUCGGUGGUGGGGAUGAUCUAUAUCAACCUAUUGGAAUGGUCAAUUCUUCUAUUGGAAAGGUCUGCUAUGUGGCUUUCUGGGAUGAGGUCACGUUAUCAACUCAAGAAGCUGAAGGAAAAUUAACUGGCGACAAUGAAAAGAUAGGAAGGUGGCGUAUCAUUGUUGUCAAGAAUCUCCCCUUUGUGGACCAACGUUUAAAUGGAAAGAUACCAAAGAUGUUGACCCACCGACUUUUCCCGGAAGCAAGUUACUCUAUAUGGGUAGACUCUAAAUACCAAUUCAGAAGAGAUCCAAUAGGAGUGCUUGAAGCACUUCUUUGGAGGAGAAACUCUACCUUUGCUAUUUCUGAACAUGGAGCACGGACUAACAUUUAUGAUGAGGGGAAAGCGAUUGUACAAAAAAACAAGGCUACCCCUGAAGAAGUAAAGGUUCAGCUAACUCAGUAUCGUCAAGACAGAAUGCCUGACGGAAAAAGACUACAUGGAUUAAAAGCUUUGGCUGAAGCUUCUAUCAUUGUGAGGGAGCUGACCCCAUUGACGAAUCAUUUCAUGUGUGCUUGGUUCAAUGAAGUUGUUCGUUUCACAUCUCGGGAUCAACUCAGUUUUCCAUAUGUACUAUGGCGUCUAAACAUGCCAGGAAUCUACAUGUUUCCCGUGUGCACUCGAAGGGACCUUGUGAACAGUUUAGGUCACACAAGGAAAGUAAAACCUCUUACACAGACGAAUUCAGAUUCUUCUGCGGCAUGACCUUUCUUCUCGUUCGUUCAUCUGCGGACAGUCAACUAACCGUUGGUUUAUGUGGUUCUAGCCUUACACUUGUCCUGAUCCACAGUUUUGUUGUAAAUUAUUCUUUUGAUUUUCUCCUCGAGAAACAUCAUGACUUUGUUGUACACGGACUUGCACCUGAUACACGUCAAAAGCUGUUCCUUUUCUGUA